AAAUGGACGAAAUCGGAAAAGGAUGAUCAACAUCCGAAUGUUCCAAAGUUUGUCGUGGAAUGCAUUGGCAUAAUUGAAAAUGAGGAGAAUCUAGUUACCAAUGGAAUUUACCGAGCGUCUGGGAAGAAGGAAAGCAUCGAUAAAAUUAAGAAAAAAAUGAACGAGACGAAGCCAAAGAAAGGUUCCAAAUAUUCCAUACUGAAGGAUGAAGAUGUGCACACCAUAACGGGCUCACUGAAACAGUUCUUCCGUGAAAUGAAAACGGAUUCAUUCCAAUCGAUAACCGAAGAGAGUGUGAAAACAAUUGGAAAGGAAAUAAAUGGAAUAGCAAUCGAUUCACGGAUGACGCUGAAAUAUCUGCUGCGUCAUUUAGUCAAAGUGGAUGCUAACAGUAAAGAGAAUCUGAUGAAUGCAUCGAAUUUGUCGAUUGUGUGGGGUGCCUGUCUGUUCACAUCAUCCGUAACAUUCAACGACACUUUUGAAACCAGUGACCUUAUCCGGAAAAAUACGUUAAUCAAAGUAUUAAUUCAACGAUUCGAUGAUAUUUUUCCGAAUGACAGCGGUCGAUGAUUUUUUAUUUUGCUUUUUUUCUCUUUUGCGGGCCAAGAGUAAUCUACCUAUGCACAUAUUUAUAUACAUAGCGUGUGUAUCCUGCGUACAGCAUUAAC